AUGGCGGCUCGCGGCCUGUCCCGAGCGUCUACGUUCUCGCUGUCGGCGGCGCGGCAGGUGCAACCCGGCAGCCAACAGGCGUAUCGCCGCCAGCCAUGGCUUUCGUCAGCACCGACCUCAGCGUCUCCCCUUCUUCUGAGCCGGGGCGUCCCCUCGACGCUCUCGCAUGCCCUCCUCCGACAACCUUCGACCUGCUUCUUCUCGGCUGCGACGGCCCUGCGCAGAGAUGCGACCCCGACGCACCCUCCGCCCGCAACGGCCACGCCCACGCCGGAAGAGAUUAAAAAGGCCGCCACCUCACCCACAGCAGCAGCUUCGCUGGCCACACCUGCUGGCGCAAAACCGGCUACCAAGGCCACGGACCCGCUGGCCGACGUGGACAAGUCGGCGUCGGAGCAGCGCAAGGCCGACUGGGCCAUCAUGAAGGAGAUGUCGCGGUACCUGUGGCCGUCGGGACGGGGCAGCCUGGACACCAAGAUGCGGGUGGCCCUGGCCGUGGCGCUGCUGGUGGGCGCCAAGGUGCUGAAUGUGCAGGUGCCGUUUUACUUCAAGAGCAUCGUCGACACGAUGAACGUGGACCUGUCGGCGGUGACGGCGACGGGCGGCACGACGGCGGCGACGGUGGCAGGCAGCAUGAUCCUGGCGUACGGGGCCACGCGCAUCGGCGCGACGCUGUUCCAGGAGCUGCGCAACGCCGUGUUUGCGUCGGUGGCGCAGAAGGCGAUCCGCAAGGUCGCCGGCAACGUGUUUGACCACCUGCUGCACCUGGACCUCAGCUUCCACCUGUCGAAGCAGACGGGCGGGCUGACGCGCGCCAUCGACCGCGGCACCAAGGGCAUCUCGUUCCUGCUGACCAGCAUGGUCUUCCACAUCCUGCCGACGGCGCUGGAAAUCACCAUGGUCUGCGGCAUCCUGACGUACCAGUACGGCUACCAGUUUGCCGCCAUCACGGCGGCCACGAUGGCGGCGUACACGGCCUUUACCAUUACGACGACGGCGUGGCGCACCAAGUUCCGGCGCCAGGCCAACGCGGCCGACAACAAGGCGUCGACGGUCGCCGUGGACUCGCUCAUCAACUACGAGGCGGUCAAGUACUUCAACAACGAGGCCUUUGAGGUGGCGCGCUACGACGCGGCGCUGCGCCAGUACGAGAAGAGCUCCAUCAAGGUGGCCACGUCGCUGGCGCUGCUCAACAGCGGCCAGAACCUCAUCUUCUCGUCCGCCCUGACGGCCAUGAUGUACCUGGGCGCGCGCGGCAUUGCCGGCGGCGACCUGACCGUGGGCGACCUGGUCAUGAUCAACCAGCUCGUGUUCCAGCUGUCGGUGCCGCUCAACUUUUUGGGCACCGUCUACCGCGAGCUGCGGCAGUCGCUGCUCGACAUGGAGACGCUGUUCAACCUGCAGCGCGUCAACGUCACGGUGACGGACGCGCCGGGCGCCAAAGACCUGGUGCUGGCGCCGACGACGGCCCAGGCGGUUCUGGCCGCGGGCCAGAGCGCCGCGCCCGCCUCGUCCGCCUCGCCCGCCACGCCAGCCGCCACCGCCGGCGGCGAGAUCCGCUUCGACAACGUCACCUUUGGCUACCACAAGGACCGCCCCAUCCUGCGCGACCUGACGCUGACCAUCCCCGCGGGCCAAAAGGUCGCCGUCGUCGGCCCCAGCGGCUGCGGCAAGUCGACGCUGCUGAAGCUGCUCUUCCGCUACUACGACGUCGACGCCGGCCGCAUUCUCAUCGACGGCCAGGACGUCCGCGCCGUCCGCCUCGCCAGCCUGCGCCGCCACAUUGGCGUCGUGCCCCAGGACACGCCGCUGUUCAACGACACCGUCGAGCACAACCUGCGGUACGGCAACCUCGGCGCCACGCCCGACCAGGUCGUCGCCGCCGCGCGCCGCGCGCAGAUCCACGACAUCAUCGCCGGCUGGAAGGACGGCUACCAGACGCAGGUCGGCGAGCGCGGCCUCAUGAUCUCCGGCGGCGAGAAGCAGCGCCUCGCCGUCGCGCGCCUGCUGCUCAAGGACCCGCCGCUGCUCUUCUUUGACGAGGCCACCAGCGCCCUCGACACCCACACCGAGCAGGCCCUCAUGCAGAACAUCAACAGCAUCCUCAAGGAAAAGGGCAACGCGCGCACCAGCGUCUUUGUCGCCCACCGCCUGCGCACCAUCUACGACGCCGACCUCAUCAUCGUGCUCAACGGCGGCCGGGUCGCCGAGACCGGCACCCACCGCGAGCUGAUUGACCGCAACGGCAUCUAUGCGCAGCUGUGGAGUGCGCUGGCAGCCCAGGAAACACGCAUCGACGACGGCGAGAUCGAGGAGGGCGCCGAAGAGAUUACCGACGCGGACAAGCCAAAGACCAAGUAG